GCCAGAUUCGCCUGAGCCGAGUGAGCGCACUCUGUCGCCCGCAGGUUCCCAGCCUUGCGGCCCCGUGGGGAGAGAGCGCAGGCCACCAGCGCCGCCUCCGCCCGCAGGAGCGACCCCUUGGGUGUUCACUCUUGGCCACUGCCGCCCGCCACCCCGGGCGCUACGUUGAGCUCUCCGUGCGGCCUCGGUGACCGCGGCAGCCCCUCCUGACACCUCCCCCCCGCCCCUUCGGGAGCGCUCGCCCGGCGGGAGGAGGAGGAAGAAGGAUCGCGGCUCGGGCUGGUCUGGCCACCUCGCCCCGCGCGCCCCGCCCCUGCGCGCACUCCCUCGCCGGCGAGCUACUUUCGGACAAGGAAAGUGAGGGCGGCCCCGGGUGACAGCGCGGCGGUGCCAGUCCCGGGAAGCCGCGUCUGUUCGCGUGUCGCCCGUCGCACUGUCCAGACCCCGCCAUGGCUUCGACCACCACCUGCACCCGGUUCACCGACGAGUAUCAGCUCUUCGAGGAGCUCGGAAAGGGGGCAUUCUCAGUGGUGAGAAGAUGCAUGAAAAUCCCUACUGGACAAGAGUAUGCUGCCAAAAUUAUCAACACCAAAAAGCUUUCUGCUAGGGAUCAUCAGAAACUGGAAAGGGAAGCUAGAAUCUGCCGUCUCUUGAAGCACCCCAAUAUUGUGAGACUUCAUGACAGCAUAUCCGAAGAGGGCUUCCAUUACUUGGUGUUUGACUUAGUUACUGGUGGCGAACUCUUUGAAGACAUAGUGGCAAGAGAAUAUUACAGUGAGGCUGAUGCCAGUCAUUGCAUUCAGCAGAUCCUGGAGGCUGUGCUACACUGCCAUCAGAUGGGCGUAGUCCAUCGGGACCUGAAGCCUGAGAAUUUGCUUUUAGCUAGCAAAUCCAAAGGAGCAGCUGUGAAACUGGCAGACUUCGGCUUAGCCAUAGAAGUUCAAGGCGACCAGCAGGCGUGGUUUGGUUUUGCUGGCACACCUGGGUAUCUUUCUCCAGAAGUCCUACGUAAAGAUCCUUAUGGAAAACCAGUGGACAUGUGGGCAUGUGGCGUCAUCCUCUACAUCUUGCUGGUGGGAUACCCACCCUUCUGGGAUGAAGAUCAGCAUAGACUGUAUCAGCAGAUCAAGGCUGGAGCAUACGAUUUUCCAUCACCAGAAUGGGACACAGUGACACCUGAAGCCAAAGACCUCAUCAACAAAAUGCUGACCAUCAACCCUGCCAAACGCAUCACAGCCUCUGAGGCCCUGAAACACCCAUGGAUCUGUCAACGUUCUACUGUUGCCUCCAUGAUGCACAGGCAGGAGACUGUAGACUGCUUGAAGAAAUUUAAUGCUCGACGGAAAUUGAAGGGUGCCAUCUUGACAACUAUGCUGGCUACGAGAAAUUUUUCAGCAGCCAAGAGUUUGUUGAAGAAACCGGAUGGGGUAAAGAUAAACAACAAAGCCAACGUGGUAACCAGCCCCAAAGAAAAUAUUCCUACCCCGGCGCUGGAGCCCCAAACUACUGUAAUCCACAACCCUGAUGGAAACAAGGAGUCAACUGAGAGCUCAAAUACCACCAUUGAGGAUGAAGACGUGAAAGCACGAAAGCAAGAGAUCAUCAAAGUCACUGAGCAGCUGAUUGAAGCUAUCAACAAUGGGGACUUCGAGGCUUACACGAAAAUCUGUGAUCCAGGCCUCACUGCCUUUGAACCCGAAGCAUUGGGCAACUUAGUGGAAGGGAUGGACUUUCACAGAUUCUACUUUGAAAAUGCUUUGCCCAAAAUCAAUAAACCAAUCCACACUAUCAUCCUGAACCCUCACGUACACCUGGUAGGGGAUGAUGCAGCCUGCAUAGCAUACAUUCGGCUCACACAGUACAUGGAUGGAAAUGGAAUGCCAAAGACAAUGCAGUCAGAAGAGACUCGAGUGUGGCACCGCCGUGAUGGGAAGUGGCAGAAUAUUCACUUUCAUCGUUCGGGGUCCCCAACAGUCCCCAUCAAGCCACCCUGUAUUCCAAAUGGGAAAGAAAACUUCUCAGGAGGCACCUCUUUGUGGCAAAACAUCUGAAAACCAUUCACAUUUGGGUCUUCUAAUUGUCAACAGUGCCACGUCUUCAUUCUGUCCUCAAGGCACCUGGCGGGGUGAUCCUGGGACAUCCUCUCCUCUUCAUGCAUGUUUCUGAGUGCAUGAAGUUGUGAAGGUUCUACGUGUAAUGCAUAUGUGACACGUCAUCUUACCAUGUGACACGCCAUCUUACCAUGUAUUCCUUCCUGUACAUUGUUUACACUCCAGCUACUGGACGGAUGUUCCAUGCAAACGUCAGUUACUGCUGGCAAACUAAAGAGGGAGCUCCGACAAGAAAACUCCGCAAUACUCCAAGUUCAGCUGAUCCAUCAGGUUUCUCUGUGGAUGCCAAGAUUCAAAAGACUUCAUAAAAUUACUGUUCAAUGAAUGACAGUGUGUAAGAGGAAAGGAAAUCUUUCAAGAAUGCUGCCAUUAAUCUAUUUGGGCUUCUCAUUGGGAUUUUGGGGUUGAUUUUUUUUUCAUUUUUUAAGGCAAAUAUAUAUAUAUAUAUAUAUAUAUAUAUAUAUAUAUAUAUAUAUAUAUAUAUGCCUUCAGUUCCUGGUAGAAAUGAAUGGAUGCCUUUUCUCUGAAAGUGUUGGUGUUGGAUAAAUGGAUGGCUAUGUGAGCCAAGUCCUGGGUGAUUGUAGGAGCAAGAAUCGUUUGCUGUUCUACCAUCAAAGCCAUGUUGAUUUGGGUCGAGCUCUGUAUACUGGAAAAAUUCACAUCAUUUUCUAGUUUGAUUGCUUUCAGAUAGGCACAGUUCUGGUGAAUGCUUGGCACUGAUCUUGGUUUUUCUUUCCUAAAUCUGUGUUCUGUUUUCAUUAUAUACUAUUUGCUCCUUUCCUUUGUAUUUGUUUUCUUUUCCCACUCUUUUCUUUAUCUUUCUCUCUCCCACUUUCUUUCUUUUUUAUGUUUUCCUUUCUAUAGCUGAUAGUGUGUAAAAACAGUAACAUUUGCAUAUGAAGUUAAAAUAAAAAUCAAGGUCUUCUAGAAGCUAAAACUAGCACUUCCGGUCUCUCACGGGGCUGUGGAGUUGUUAGAAGAUUUAAAUAAAUACUUAAAUAAGAGAGGAAUGAAUUCAGCUUAGGUUACCACUUGUGCAUAGGUAUCCUUGCUCUGUUGAAAGUGUUGGAAUUGUUGAGACUUAAGCUAACAGCAGUAAGAGCCUGCUUACACAGUCCUGGUUCUCCCCAACUAGAUAUUGAAGACCAAGUGGAGCCUGACCAGGGUUGCAUGCAGAGCACUUGUUUUGGACCUUCCAGACUAGGAGGCAUUUACUGCCUCACUUUCACUAGCUAGCCACAGGAAGAGUGUUCUCCAUCCUCCUAGAGGUUGAACUUGACCUUCGUGACUAGUGCAGUUCUAGCUUCUCUCUUGAGUCACAGUAGCAUCCUGAUGCCAGGAGUUAGGCUUUUGUCCAGAUUAAAACAACGAGGAAAAGGAAAUGCCCCAGUUUUCUUUCCGUUUCCCAUUUCUUCUUUGUCGAUUCGGUCCCUGGGAGACUGUUUCUCCGCGCUGAACUGCUUUAUGGUGCAUGGAAUCUCCAUCAGCGUACUUCUACCCUAGCCACUCACACUCCUUAGAAGCUGAUUUUUAAAGCAGAAGCAAGGAAGCAAAAGUAAAACACUCCCUUCCCCUCUUUUUCCUCAUUUCACCUUUUGGUGUUGAUUGCUAAUCACUUUAGAUAUAUUGUUGCUAGUGAAUGUAUGAUAGAUGGGUUGAAGCUUUUCUGAUAAUUAGCACAUGAUUUAAAACAAUAUAUAUUUAAAACAAAUAUAUACAGUACAUGUAUUGAGCCGUGUUAACCUGCCAAUGAGAUCUGUGAAAAACGUAAUGGCCUCACUUUUCCCUUUGAAUUUCUUUUACCUUUCUGUGAAGCAGCUCUGCGUGGCAUACAUGUAUUUAAAAACACAAAUAGUGGUAGAAUGGGUUUUUUUUUUACACUUUUAACUUAGCAUGUGGUGUUGAAGUAUUACCAUAGAUCCAGUUUGUCUUCUGCACUAAGAUGUGAGGAAAUCGUGAUUUGUUCUCUCCAGCACAGUGGAAUUACACCUUCAUCAUCUUCUAUUGUUUUGAAAACACUGCAGUUUACCAUGGGACACUGUAUAUAAUUCUUGCCGUAAUGGUAAAUGACAAAUUGAUAUAUUUAAGAGUUAAUAAAUUUGUGAUUUCUGCUGA